AUGGUGGCUGCAGUGCGUGACCUCAUCGAAUUUUCAUAUCUUGUACGCCGCCAUAUAAUCUCAGAAGACGACAUUCUUGAGAUUGAAGGUUGCGUCAACCGCUUUCAUGAGAACCGUGAGGUGUUUCGUGAAUGUGGUAUUCGUCCAACUGGCUUCUCACCCCUUCCCCGACAACACUCUCUAGUCCACUAUUCCCAUCUCAUACGUCAGUUCGGCGCUCCGAAUGGACUGUGCUCAUCAAUUACCGAGUCGAAGCAUAUUCAUGCGGUGAAGAAACCUUGGCGUAGAUCUAGCCGACACAAAGCCCUCGGGCAGAUGCUCAUGGUCAACCAGCGUAUCGACAAGCUUGCAGCUGCACGAGUAGACUUCAGUGCCCGGGGAAUGCUGUCUGGCUCUGCCCUGUCAUUACCGCUGGCACCAUCAGAGUCAGGCUCACUUCAACAGGGAGGGCAACAAGAGGAGGAUAGUGAUAUAUCGGCAACAGACGACACCCAUCUUCCGGACAUUAUGAGUGAGGUCUUGCUUUCAAAAACCUACGUGCGGAAUAUAACCCGUAAUAUCCAUCACCUCGGACACAAGCUUCAUUUGACGAGACUAUAUGAGCUCACCCGGCGUUAUCUCUACAACCGGGAGUCUCCUAAUGAUGGAAAUUCACAUCAAGUUCUCUUAGAUCAUUGUCCAAAGUUUGAUUCGAGGGUCUACGUUCACCACUCUGCUCGAGCUAUGUUUUAUGCCCCGAGCGAUCUAUGCGGAAUAAUGGGCAUGCACCGGGAACGUAUACGGGUGACACCAUCAUGGCGUGGUGGACGACCCCGCCGUGACUGUGUAUUUAUCUCAAGCUCCUAUGAUAACGAAGCAGAGGGUGGUGGGCUGCUUGAUAACCUGCUGAUCGCGCGGGUAUUUCUUUUCUUUUCUUUCAAGAUAGGGAAGGUUCGACACCAAUGUGCACUUGUCCAUUGGUUUUCAGUGGAUGGUGACUGUCCUGAUCCAGAGACGGGAAUGUGGAUGGCUACGCCUGACUACAGUGAUGCAGAGAAGGAGAUGGAGGUCAUAUCAGUGGAUUCCAUUUUUCGGGCAGCACACCUUAUUGGUUGUGCUGGUGACACAUUUCUUCCAGUACAGGGUUUUGAUGAUACACAUUCUCUUGAUGCUUUCAACUUGUUCUAUGUAAAUAAAUAUGCUGAUUAUCAUGCACACGAAAUAGCAUUCUAA